AUGACAUUAUCAACAGCCUCAGCUAGUUUCAUAGGGCUCUUUGCCCAGUCAGGAUCGGUGUUAGAGAAUUGCAGUGGACGAGGAAAACGCUUCGGGGCUGACCAGAAAGGUGCACCAGUACUGGUUGCAGCAUCUUCCGGGAAGGUGUUUUUUCGAGCAAGCCCUCAAACUCUGAUCGGGCCCACGUCAAGCAAUGAUCGAUAUUGUGAGGGAAGGAGUGGACAGUACACAUCGGUGCUUGUUUCUCAGGGGGGUCUCGAGAAGCACCGUAAUUUUCUAUUCGAGAAGGGGUUUUUGGAAGUACAAGCAUCUUUGGUCGACAUAAAGCCUUGCAUUUACAUUGUCGAGGGCAUUGAUCACAACACUGAGAUUCUCCCAGAAGGCAUCAUCGAAAACAGUCUCUGUCUCGGGGCCCACCCGAUUCUGCAAAGCUUCGAUGUGGAAAUGAGGAAACUCACAGCCAAGGGCACCAGAUCCAACAACAAAAACCUUUGCAUCUUCAAGUUUCUUUUGAAGCUUAGACCCAAAGACUGA